GUUCUACGAAUCCUACAAAUCAAGUAAAGUCCUGUCCUUUGCGAUUAGGCUCCGGUGAUUGCUGUCACUCUAUUUUCCUUGGGGUGUGGCCUUGUCUUUUCUGCCUGCGCUGGUUAACGACGUCAUCCUAACUCGCCUUGGCUUCUUGACACGUAGUGAUAGGUAGAGAGACUCAAACCACCUUGACGACGUCGCAACCAUCUUUUACCCCCUUUGUUCCUCCAUACAUACACACACUUCAACAUGAUUUACUCGACGCAAAUAUCGAGGCUGGAUGGCCUCAUGCUCUGCGCCUCGGUCGACGACGAACAGGCCGAAGCAUCCCUCGCAGAGACCAAGCAAAACGUCCGCCAGGUCCUCCGCAAGCUCACCCGCAACUCCGAGUCGCAGGCGUCGAUCGAGACGAGCGCCCACACCCUCCACUACCUCAUCGACUCGGACGUAGUCUUCCUCGCCAUCUGCGCCCCCUCGUACCCUCGCAAGCUCGCCUUCACCUACCUCGCCGACCUCGCCCGCGAGUUCACCACCACCUACCCCGCCGCCCAGGUCCACUCCCCCUCCCUCCGACCCUACGCCUUUAUGGAGUUCGACACCUUCAUCGCAAAGACAAAGACCACCUACGCCGACUCGCGCGCCUCUGCCAACCUCGACCGCCUCAACGACGAGCUGCGCGACGUGACAAAGGUCAUGACAAAGAACAUUGAGGACCUGCUGUACCGUGGAGAUAGCCUCGAGCGCAUGGGAGAGAUAAGCUCCCGCCUGCGCGACGACAGCAAGAAGUAUCGCCGGGCUGCUGUGCGCAUCAACUGGGAGCUCUUGCUGAAGCAGUAUGGACCUUUUGCUGGUCUUGGCUUUAUUAUUCUCGUCUUCCUGUAUUGGCGGUUCUUUUGAGGAAUGCAAGCGAACUGUUUUCUAUAUGUACUUAUAUAAUACCUACCAAUUGGCCACGUC